CUAACGCCGAUCCCUCUUUUUGUCUCUGUCUCUAUUUCUUGUUUUUCUGUUUGAUCCGUCGCCAUGAAUAUCUUGACACAGAGAUCUCUUGCUGUUUCAAAUCCUUUAUUCAUUUUGUAUGCUUGGUUCAUACUCUUACAGUCACUCACACUGAAUCUAGCCAAUGCAUCAAUCCAUUUCUACGACAAAGAAGCUUUCAUUGAUGUCGGUAACUCUUUCCUUCUCUCCGGCGGCAGUGAAGGUCUUGCGGCGUCUCUCGCGGCUAAUUCCGAUACGCCUUCUGUCCGCAAUGUCCAAUCUUCGAUCCAAUUUUAUAAUAUCACCUUUUGGAGGAGCAAAGCUGCUGCCGACCAACAUACAGACAUGGAGCAUAGCACUGGAUUGAUACAAGUUAUCAUCUUUGAGGCUGCUGAUCGCGAUAACAUUGGUGGUUCGGCUUAUGGUGGGCAGAGAGCUGUAUGUUGCACUCCAGAUCUUGCCAAGUUUGAAGGAUGUAAGCAAGGGGAAGUCAUUAAAAGACCUUCUUCAUCAGAUAUUAACUGGCCUGUUGUUGUAAAUGUGCAGUUCAGUGGUAACUAUCUUCACACUCGCAUGGAAGAUAUGGAGGUUUCCAUUACAAAAACUGGAAUGUAUAACUUGUUCUUUGUAACAUGUGAUCCAAACCUCAAAGGAUUGGUGAUGAGUGGGAGAACAAAGUGGAAAAAUCCCCAUGGCUAUUUACCAGGACGGAUGUUCUCUUUAAUGAGAUUUUAUGUAUGUAUGUCCGUUGCAUAUUUAUUGCUUAUUGUCAUUUGGCUAUCUCAGUAUGUGAGGUUCUGGAGAGAUAUUCUGCAACUUCAGCAUUGCAUCACAGUCAUCGUUGCGCUCGGAUUAUUUGAGAUGGUCCUGUGGUACUUUGAGUAUGUAAACUUUAACGAUACCGGAAUUAGGCCAGUCGUAAUCACAACAUGGGUGGUGACUGUGGCUGCUGUAAGGAAAACUGUUACACGGCUUCUUAUACUGUCAAUUGCCAUGGGUUAUGGUGUCGUUCGGCCCACUCUUGGUGGUCUUACCUCAAAGGUUCUUCUUCUAGGGAUUACUUACUUUUUGGCAUCUGAGUUAUUGGAUAUUACAGAGUAUGUUGGGAUUAUAAAUGAUGUUUCUGGAAGAGCAAGACUGUUGCUAGUCCUCCCUGAUGCGUUCCUAGAUGCAUUUUUAAUAUUGUGGAUUUUUACUUCCCUUUCAAGGACGUUGGAGCAGCUACAGAUGAAGAGGAGCUCUGUUAAGUUGGAAAUAUAUAGGAAGUUCUCAAAUGCUUUGGUGGCCACUGUCAUUGCUUCUGUUGCUUGGAUUGGAUAUGAGGUCUACUUCAAGGCGACAGAUCCCUUUAAUGAAAGGUGGCAGAGUGCUUGGAUCAUAACUGCUUUUUGGAACAUUCUUGCAUUUGCUUUAUUAUGCGUUAUCUGCUAUCUCUGGGCUCCAUCACAAAGUUCUCAACGGUAUGCUUACUCUGAUGAAAUCGGAGCUCAAUCUGAUGAUGAAGAAGCUCAAUCCCUAAACCGAGCAAAGCCAGAGAGUGAACUUAGUUUUGCGAACCAAGCGCAGAACGUCGACGAAGACGAUGACAGGGAAGCGGAUAAAGGAGAAUGAUCAGUAACCUUUGAUUCAUUCCUUUUGUUUUGAUCUGCAGUAAGUCCAGUUCAUGGGAGUCCUCGCCUAGAUCACCCAAUACUCAAUGGAAGUGUUAACUGGAUAUUGAGGGCUCGCCCUGCAACAUGGCAGCACAAAGAAGAGUGUGUAUAUUGAGAUGAACUUUCUGUAUUCUUUUUUACCCCAUUAUCUUCAUUUGUUUUGUAAAGUCUUAUUUGCAUAUAUAUAUAUAUAUAUAUAUUCUUUGAAUUAUUAGUAUAUUUUAAAAACUAGAAAUUUAUUCUCAUCAUUUGUUAAAUUUAUUAU